CCUAGCUCAGUAGCUCCUAUCUGUCUUGAAUAAAAAUAUCGAUCGUACUGCUAAAUAAUUCACUUCCAGAGAGAAAAGCAGCAAACGCCAUAAUAAAAGAUUUUGUUGUUUUCCUCUCGAUCUCUCCGCCCAAUUCCCCCCUUUUUUUGCCACUGAUUCGAAAUGAGCACGGGCGAGCUUCUCAGCAUCGAACCAUUAGAGCUCAAGUUUGCUUUUGAGCUGAGGAAGCAGAUCUGUUGCCAACUUCAAUUGUCGAAUAAAACUGACAAUCAUGUAGCUUUCAAGGUGAAAACGACGAAUCCAAAGAAGUAUUGUGUUCGUCCCAAUACCGGGGUCGUUUUGCCUCGAUCCACAUGUGAUGUUGUUGUUACCAUGCAAGCGCAAAAAGAGGCUCCUCCUGAUAUGCAAUGCAGGGAUAAAUUCCUCCUUCAAAGUGUAAAGGCUAAUGAUGGUGCUACUGCAAAGGAUAUAACUGCAGAAAUGUUCAACAAGGAAGCUGGGCAUGUGGUUGAGGAGUGUAAGUUGAGAGUGGUUUAUGUUUCUCGGCCUCAACCACCUUCACCUGUACGCGAAGGGUCAGAAGAAGGGUCUCCACCAAGAGGUUCUGACAAUGGGCAUGCAAAUGCUGCUGAGUUUGCUGCCGCUGCAAGAGCAUUUUCUGAGGGACUUGAAGCUCAAGAUAAAUCUUACGAGGCAAAAGCUCUUAUAUCGAAGCUGACCGCGGAAAAAAACACUGCAAUUCAACAAAACAACAAGCUUCGCCAAGAACUGGAACUCUUGAAGCGUUCAAGCAGCAAAAGCGGCAGUGGGGUGUCGUUCAUGGUUGUCGUCCUCAUCGGCUUGCUCGGUAUAAUUAUGGGAUAUAUCAUGAAGAAGUCGUAAGUGUCUUAUCUUCAAGGAUCUUAUGCAUAUGUUCCCUCUCCUUCCCUUCAUCAGAACAAGUAACGGUGAAUGAAAAGGAAAGGGAAACAAUUUGGUGUUGGGCUCGUGCAUUUUAUUAGCUGUUAGCUUUGUGACAUUAACUUGUUAAAGGUGGGUAUGGAAUUUUCAUUUUUCGUUCGGCUUAAAUAUGUAUUGGCCCUUGAACUUGUUCAGUUCUCACAAUUUGGUACUUAUAGUUCUUUUGUCCAAACUUGGUACCCGAAGUUUGUU